CCUUGGUCAGAAGGCAUCGCCGUCGGCUCGAUGCAUCGCUCCUCUCUCGUGCUCCGUAGCAGCCGCAAGUUGUUGAGCCCAUCUCUUCCUCCUCCUCAUCUUCUUCCUUCGACUUUGCGGCUGCCGCUAUCCACCGGCGCCCUCCGCUCAUUGAGCACGCAGCACUUCAAGGCGAGCAACACAGUGCACCCACUUCUGCCGCAAAAGCAGUACCUGGCGAUGGAGCGGGAGAUGGCCGACAAGACUGGGCGGCAGCAGAAUCACAUCUGGUCCAAGGACGAGCUCGACUCGGCGCUGGCCACCUUCAGUGACAAGCACGUGCCAGAGACGCUCUCCGACAAGGUGAUGCACGGCUUCAUGUACUAUGGCCUCUACCACCCGUUCAACUUCAUCACUGGCUACACGCACCACGACCCCUCGCCCUCGUCGCUGGUGUGGCGCCUCAUCGUCCUCGAGUCCUUCGCUGGCGUACCCGGCUUCGUGGCCGCCGGCAUGCGCCACUUCCACUCCCUGCGGGCGCUGGAGCGCGACUACGGCUGGAUUCACACGCUGUUAGAGGAGGCGGAGAACGAGCGGAUGCACCUGCUUACCUGCCUCUCCAUGUUCCAAGCGGGUCCCGUCACCCGCCUCAUGUGCAUCGGCGCGCAGUUCUCGAUGACGCCCUUCCUGAUGAUGAUCUACGUCGUGAACCCAAAGGCCAUGCACCGGUUCGUCGGCUAUCUCGAGCAAACCGCAUGCGAGACGUACCACAACGUGAUCUCGCACCUGGAGACGCCGGGCACGCGGCUGCACGCCGAGUGGUCGGGUCUCCCAGCCCCCGAGAUCGCAAAAGGCUACUGGAAGCUGCCGGACGACGCGACGUGGCUCGACACCCUCCGCUGCAUCUACGCAGACGAGUCUCAUCACCGCGACGUCAACCACACCUUUGCUUCGAUGGCGUCCGACGACCCGAACCCGUUUGUGCACAUGCACAAGGAGGACGCCGCGCGCGCGUGGAAGCUCGAGCAGGCGCAGCGCCUGCUGAGGGAGCACCGGCACGGCAGCUCGGCCUCAUCCACCUAGGUGUGCGCGGAUACGCGCGGAUUUAGAGCGCAGGGCCGCGCCAGAACAGGCGUGAGUGCGGGCGUGGCGCGGCCCUGACUCGUGGCACGGCCUCGGAGCGCUCGCGUGCGCGCAGUCACGAGUCGGCGCGUGGUGGGGUCUCUCGCUCUCGCGAUAUCAUUCCUCUCAGGGCGUUCCAGAACCCCAGGGGGCCAGGCCACCCAGCCCACGGCAAACGCGCUCGCUCGAGCUCGCUCUAUAUACAGAGAUCAGAGUAGAGCGGCUACAGCCGGCUCGCGCUCGGCGGGGACGGCGCGCGGUCCGCGGUGUUCACCAUUACUUUUUUGAGAGCUCUCUUCGAGGAG